GGCGGCCGGCGUGACUCCUCCUCUCGCGGCUGUGGGAGGAGCGGGGCGGGCUCGGGCUCCGAGAGCCGCCGCCGGGACGAGCCCAGGAUGCCGCCGCUACUGCGGGCGGGCCGCGCCUGGGGCCGGGUGGGCCUGCCCGGGCUGGGCCGGGCCCUGGGGCACCAGCGCCGCCGCAGUAGCACUUUUGAUGUGGUUGUUGUCGGCGGUGGAAUUGUGGGGCUUGCGUCUGCCAGAGAGCUCAUUCUGCGACACCCAUCGCUCACGUUCAGUGUGCUGGAAAAGGAGAAGGAGUUAGCCUGCCACCAGAGUGGACAUAACAGUGGUGUCAUUCAUAGUGGAAUUUACUACACACCUGGAUCUCUGAAAGCUAAAUUGUGCGUGCAGGGUGCGGCCCUCUGCUAUGAAUACUGUGACCGAAAGGGAAUUCCAUACAAACAGUGUGGCAAGCUAAUAGUGGCUGUUGAACAAGAAGAAAUUCCAAGACUCAAAGCACUGUAUGAGAGAGGGCUGCUGAACAACGUCCGAGAUCUGAAACUGAUAAGUGCAAAAGAAAUACAAGCAAAGGAGCCCUUUUGCAGGGGUGUGAUGGCCCUUGAUUCCCCAUACACCGGCAUUGUGAAUUAUAGACAAGUGGCCCAGUCCUAUGCGGAAGAUUUCCAGGAAGCGGGUGGUGCAGUCUUGACAGAUUUUGAAGUAACAGACAUGGAGAUGGCUAAAGAGAGUCCUUCAGAAAGUGAAGACGGGAUGAAAUAUCCAGUUGUUGUUAGAAACUCUAAGGGAGAGGAAAUCCACUGUCAACAUAUCGUGACCUGUGCAGGACUCUACUCAGACCACCUCUCCGAAAUCAGUGGAUGCAGCCGUGAGCCUCGCAUUGUGCCCUUCCGUGGAGACUACUUGGUGUUAAAGCCAGAAAAAUGCUAUAUGGUUAAAGGAAACAUUUAUCCAGUUCCUGAUCCUCGGUUUCCCUUUCUGGGAGUUCAUUUCACACCGAGGAUGGACGGCAGUGUUUGGCUUGGUCCUAAUGCAGUGCUAGCCUUUAAGCGAGAGGGUUAUAAACUCUAUGACUUCAGUGCCAGAGACUUUAUAGAUGCAGUUGUAUACAGUGGUUUAUGGAAACUGGUGUCCAGAAACAUCUCUUAUGGAAUGAGUGAAAUCUACAGAGCAUGUUUCCUUAGUGCACAGGUGAAGCAACUUCAAAAGUUCAUCCCUGAAGUUACCAUCAGUGAUAUACUCAGGGGUCCAUCUGGAGUAAGAGCGCAGGCCUUGGACCAGAAUGGAAAUUUGGUAGAUGACUUUGUAUUUGAUGGAGGCACUGGCGAUAUUGGAAGCAGAGUUCUUCAUGUCAGAAAUGCCCCAUCUCCUGCCGCUACCUCCUCCCUUGCCAUUGCAAAAAUGAUUGCCGAUGAAGUGGAGCGAAGAUUUGGCUUGUGAAAUGAACCGGCACCACACUGGUUGUAUCCACUCUUGGUUAGCUGUGUGACUGCACUGAAUGAAGUCUGCAGUUUGUCAGAGUGAAGAUAAAUUGGAAGUCGUCUUGUUCGGCAAAUGAACACUGUCAUUUAGACUGUAGAAUACAAAACUGACAAUUCAGUUGUUUGCUUCCAUAAGCCUUUACUUCUCUACUUACUAAACAUAGGAGAUGUGAGAUCAGAUAAGUUCUGGGGGAAUGGAGGGCACCCCCAAAAUACUGUAUUAAUGGGGGGACAGGAAUCAGUGAGUGCCCAGCUGGAAGAGAGAAAAGAGCCACCUUCAACUGCAGAGGCAGUGACAUCUCCUUCCCCAACAAAGAGCUGCCUCUCUGCGCAUGGUGCUAGCACUAACUGCUGCUCUAUGGUCACUAGGGGGCUGUAGGAGGAACCGAAAGAGUCAUUGCCAAAUGGGCUGCCCUCACUCUGAUUUCCCAUGUUCUCUGGUUUAAACAGGACCUCUCAGCAUCUCCACUGCAGCAAGGUUGCUCCUUGAGGCAUCAUGGCCAGGGCGAGGCUGUGAUGGUCCCUCCCUCUUUCAAGAGAUUGGGAAAUUCACCUCCCCACUAAUGAACAAAAUGAGAAAAACUGGUGAACACCCUUUAAGGAAUGUGGAAUAUGGAAGUACUGUAAACAAUCCUUUGCCAUUGCAUCAUUGGGGAACCGCUGCAAAUGUUGUUUGACGUUCAGAGCUUUCUCCCUUAAAAGAUGAUUUCAUAGAAUACCAGGGUUGGAAGGGACCUCAGGAGGUCAUCUAGUCCAACCCCCUGCUCAAAGCAGGACCCA